GACGCGCUGAACCAGAGGGCGCGGUUCGAUUCCCGUCUGAUCUGAAGGCUGCUUUUCACUCCAGUGUUUCCAGUCUCUCGAGCUCCGAUCAUCCAGGCGGUGGUGGAACACACUCACACACGCGGUGACUCACUGCUGUGGAUCAUCGAACACAAUCUGAGAUCACAACUUUGGACCGGAACAACUGAGCUCCGACAUGGACCCGAGACUGAGGAGGGGAGCCUCGCUCACAGCUGCAGCACAGAAGAGGGACUACACCCUGAAGCAGGAUGAGAUUAUAAUCCAGCCUCCAUCACUUGCCUUUGGUCGUCUGGAGAAGAUCUUUUGGAGACAUAACGGCGAGAAAGUUGCUACAUUCGACGGCAGCAAACAACAUUUCUACGGCUCCUAUGACGACAGAACCAUACUGGACCGGUUUAGUGCAACACUCUGGAUCAGAGAAGUGCAGUUGGAGGACAGAGGAGAAUAUGAGCUGGAGGUUUGGGUCAAAGAUCAGAACCACCAGACUAAAAAAGAGUAUCAUCGUUGGGAGGUGACAGCUGAAGUGUCCAUCACCAGUGUUUCCUGUGAGAUGGAUGGUGACCACCAGGCAAAGCUGGUCUGCUCUGCUGAGUCCAGUCACCCUCAGCUACUGAACUAUGAGUGGAGCUUCAAUGGAACUAAACAUCGCGGCUCCAACCUGACGAUUGGCCUGGAGGAGGAACAUGACGAGACGGUGUUCACCUGUCGUGUCAGCAGCCCUCUGAGUGAAGACAAAGCUACUUUAGCAGCCAGGAAAUGUUACCCAGAAACUCCAGAGUCUGUGGUGCCGACUGUGGUCCCCAUCGUCGCCGUGUUGAUGGUGGCUGUGCUUCUGAUUGUGGGCCUGGUGGUCUGGAGGAGACGUAAAGGUUCACCUGAGGAAGAGAACCAGGCCAGAGAAGAACAUCCUCUCAUGAAGUGGCCCUCCGACUCUGUGGAUCAGGGAAGUCGUGCUGCUGACUGUGCAGGGCGACUGAAGAGGAGGCUGAAGGAGCAGUUCCACAGUGUGUCUGAGGGGGUCGCUAGAGCAGGAAACUCUGCCCCUCUGAAUCAGAUCUACACAGAGCUCUACAUCACUGAGGGGGGCACAGAGCAGGUCAACCAGGAGCACGAGGUCCGACAGAUCGAAGAAGCAACCAGGAGCCAGACCAGACCAGGAACUACCAUCAGAGCAGAAGACCUCUUUAAAGCCUCAGCUGACACAGAGCGACCAAUCAGGAGCCUGCUGACGAAGGGCGUGGCUGGCAUUGGGAAGACCCUCCUGACACAGAAGCUGACUCUGGACUGGGCUGAAGACAAAGCCCACCAGAACUUCCAGCUGGUGUUUCCUUUCACCUUCAGAGAGCUGAACCUGCUGAAAGAGAAGCAGUUGAGUUUAAUGGAACUUGUUCAUUACUUCUUUCCUGAAGCCAAAGACUCAGGACUCAGCAGCUUUGAAGGAGUCCAGGUUCUGUUCAUCUUGGACGGUCUGGACGAGUGUCGACUCCCUCUGGACUUCAACAGUCGGGUCCUGACAGCAGCUACAGAGUCCACCUCAGUAGACGUCCUGCUGACCAACCUCAUCAGGGGGAACCUGCUUCCCUCAGCUCAGCUCUGGAUCACCACACGACCUGCAGCAGCCAAUCAGAUCCCUCCUACGCGAGUGGACAGGGUGACAGAGGUCAGAGGCUUCACUGACCUCCAGAAGGAGGAGUACUUCAGGAAGAGGUUCAGAGAUGAGGAGCAGAGCACCAUCAUGUCUCACAUCAGGAGCUCACGAAGCCUCUACAUCAUGUGUCACAUCCCCAUCUUCUGCUGGAUCACUGCCACAGUUCUGGAGGACAUGUUGAAGAGCAGAGAGACCAGAGAGCUGCCCAAGACCCUGACUGAGAUGUACAUCCACUUCCUGGUGGUUCAGGCCAAAGUCAAGAAGCUCAAAUACCAUGGAGGAGCUGGGACAGACGAGGUUUGGACACCUGAGAGCAGGAAGAUGAUGGAGUCUCUGGGAAAACUGGCUUCUGAGCAGCUGCAGAGAGGAAACUUGAUCUUCUAUGAAUCAGACCUCAGAGAGUGUGGCAUCGACAUCACAGCUGCUGCAGUUUACUCAGGAGUCUUCACACAGAUCUUCAGAGAGGAGAGAGGACUGUACCAGGACAAGGUCUUCUGCUUCGUCCACCUGAGUCUUCAGGAGUUUCUGGCUGCUCUUCAUGUCCACCUGAAGUUCUUCAACUCUAGAGUCAAUCUGCUAGGUUCAUUGCUAACAUCAAUACUAUCAAGAAUCUUCAGAAAGAACUUCCAUCCAGAACAGUUCUACCAGAGAGCAAUAAAUGAAGCUGUAGAAAGUCCAAAUGGACAUCUGGACUUGUUCCUGCGCUUCCUCCUGGGUCUUUCUCUGCAGACCAACCAGAGGCUCCUUCCAGGUUUGUUGACCCAGACAGGAAGUAGCUCCUGGACCCAUCAGGACACAGCAGAGUUCAUCAGGAAGAAGAUCAGUGAGAAAGUGUCUCCAGAGAGAAUCUUCAAUCUGUUCCACUGUCUGAGUGAACUGAAGGUCACUUCUCUGGUGGAGGAGGUGAAUCAGCUGCUGAGAUCAGGAGCUCUCUCCACAGGUCAACUGUCUCCUGCUCAGUGGUCCAGCCUGGCCUUCAUCUUACUGUCCUCAGAGGAAGAUCUGGACGUGUUUGACCUGGAGAACUGCUCUGUUUUAGAGAAGGUUCUUGAGAGGCUGCUGCCGGGGCUCCAAGCCUCAAAAGACGUUCAACUGAGAGAGUGGAGCCUGUCAGAGAGAAGUGGUUCCCUUCUGUCCUCAGUCCUCAGCUCUCCGUCCUCUAGUCUGACACAACUGGACCUGAGUGGCAACUGGGACCUGAAGGAUGCAGGAGUGGAGCUGCUGUCUGCUGGACUGAAGAGUCCACACUGUCACCUGGAGACUCUCAGAAUGAUCGACUGUGGACUGUCAGAGAGAAGUGGUUCCCUUCUGUCCUCAGUCCUCAGCUCUCCGUCCUCUAGUCUGACACAACUGCACCUGAGUGAGAACAUCAACCUGGAGGAUGCAGGAGUGGAGCUGCUGUCUGCUGGACUGAAGAGUCCAGACUGUCACCUGGAGACUCUCAGCCUGAGGUGCUGUGAACUGUCAGAGAGAAGUGGUUCCCUUCUGUCCUCAGUCCUCAGCUCUCCGUCCUCUAGUCUGACACAACUGGACCUGAGCUUCAACAGGGACCUGAAGGAUGCAGGAGUGGAGCUGCUGUCUGCUGGACUGAAGAGUCCAGACUGUCACCUGGAGACUCUCAGCCUGAGCAGCUGUAAACUGUCAGAGAGAAGUGGUUCCCUUCUGUCCUCAGUCCUCAGCUCUCCGUCCUCUAGUCUGACACAACUGGACCUGAGUAAGAACUGGGACCUGAAGGAUGCAGGAGUGGAGCUGCUGUCUGCUGGACUGAAGAGUCCACACUGUCACCUGGAGACUCUCAGUCUGGUACAGUGUAGGAUCUCGGAGAGAGGCUGUGCUUCUCUGGCCUCAGCUCUGACCUCUAACCCCUCCCACCUGAGAGAGCUGGACCUGAGCUCCAACCAUCCAGGAGGAGCAGGACUGGAGCAGCUGUCUGCUGGACUGGAGAGUCCAGACUGGAGGCUGGAGACUCUCAGGCUGGACGACUGUGGACCAGAGUGGUUAUAGAUCUGACCUGAAGAAGUGUGAACUGACUCUGAGUCUCAGCAGCCGCUGCCGUCAUCAUGGAGAGUUUCCAGCUCUUCUGAGGCAGAGUCUCAGUGGAGAGCAGCACAGAGAAAGAGUCCUCAACAGCAGUCAGAGAAGAAGCCUCCACCCUCACAGAAGCUCUUCAUCUGUGGAGACGCUUCUGUCUUCAACGCCCCAAACAGCUCAGAUGUCCAGCUUUUGCUCUUGUUUUCCAUGACUCCUUCAUGCCACUUCCUCUCUGAAGCCUUCAGUCGUGUCCAUGACUUGAACCCUGAUAUGAGCCCUUUGAUGUGGACACUUGAGGAGCCUGUGUUUUGGACACGUGGACUUUGUUCAUCACAUGUCACUGGCUGAAAUGAUCUUCCUCUGAAUGCAAACCGACAGAUGCUCAUGACUCAGUAGGAACAGGGCUGUUUGACUCACCAUGUGAUCUUCUUCUUCUCACCAAGGUAGUUCCAAACACAAGACCAUGUACCUGAACAAUGUCUUUUAGAAGUCAGCAGUGACUCAGUGAGAAGCUACGGAGAAAUGGUGUGAUGAGGUCACCAGCUGAGACCUCCAACCACGGCCUCCUGAUAUGGUGUGGGAAGAUCAACCUGCCAUUUGAUGUCUGCAGGUCUUUCAACAAGCUCUGUCACGGAUCACUUUGCCUCGUUUUGGACUCAACUCUUCCACAGUGAAUAAACAGCAGUUGGAGCAUGGUCCUCCCUGACUGUGUCGUCUCGCUUCACUCUUGAUCAGCAGACGAGGCGUGUUCAGCAGCCACUUUGUUCCCAGCAGCUCCGCAUCCAUAGCCAACCCCUGCCACCCGGUUCAUACAGCGCAUGCUCAUUCCCACAGUGUAGCAUUCUGGGUCAUGAAGUUCAACUCACUUCAUAACAUCACAUCUUCCCUCCUAUAAAAAGAUAUGACGACAUUCUAAACGUCCCAGUCUCCUCAGCUUAUUACAGACACAACUUAAACUGCCAUUGCGAAAUAUUUCAGUGAAACUUUUUAGCUUUGAAAUGACCUACACGCGCUAAACAUCCACAGCAACACACACACCGACAUUCCUUUUUUUUUUUUUUCUUUACAUUAUAAGCAAGUAUUUAACAACUUUCAUUCAACCUCGUGGGUGGCUGCAUAUGUCUCUGCAACUUUGAUUGAUUGACUGCAGCAUUUGAUGGUCCGGACUCUGUUGCAACAUCUGAAUCUGAGUGGACAGAAGUGUCUGAUUCUGCUGUGUCAUGUUGAACAGUCUCCUUAGCUGCAAAGUCUUCCUUCGUUGUGUGUAGUUGAAGGUCUGUGCAGUUUCUCCUCAGAGACGAUCCCUCUGCACUUUUGUAGAUCAGCAAGUGUCUCUGAAAGUCAUCUCUGUCCAGUGCUUUCUUCAUCAUCCUUUUCACAGCGUUCACAGAGCUCUCUGCCAGUCCCUUGGAUUUUGGAUAGUUCUGGCUGUAAUAUGUUGGAAAGCCCAUUCACUGGCAGAGGCAGCUCACAUGGGUCUUGAGACAGCUGAUGACUGCUUUGCUCGUGGUUGAUUGCAGUCCUCCAACUUCAGAAAUAAUCUGUUGUAAUCUGAUGUAGUUCUUCUCUGUGUAAUGAAACAGAUCAGCUCCCACCUUACAGUUACGGUCUGUGGGCCACAGGGCGACUCACAAGUGGCUCUGCCUGCUGUUUUUGCCUGUGGAUUAGACAAGGUUGACAUGCUGCGGCUGCUGUUUGGCUGUUUUCUUGAUGUAUUCUCGGCCAGUACAUCACUUCUCUUGCCCUGCGUUUACGCUUGACUUCACCAAUGUGGCCUUCGUGGAUCUUUGGAAGCCUUUGUUCACGUCGUGAGCAUGGAAUAACGAAUUGACUCCCUCUCAUCACGAUGCCAUCCGCCACUGAAAGCUCAGCUCUACAUUUCCAAAAGUCCUGUAUUUUCACUGGGCAGUCUCUCUUGUUUUCAGGCCACCCUGUCUGUAUCGUAUGUUGGAGCUCUGUCAUGGUUGCAUCUGCAUUGGUUUCUCUCCGUAUUUGUUCUGACCUGUCUGCACUUACAGGCAAUGAUGCCUGUCCACGUAUGUCUGUAUCUCACUGUCAGCAUUGUCUCCCUUAUCCACAGCCCUGGACAAGGUGUCAGCAGUGAACAUGUACUUUCCUUGUGUAUAUGCCAUGUGCACAUCAUAGUUCUGCAGCUUGAUUAACAUACGUGCAUAAACAGGACAGUCAUUUCAAGGUUUCACCAUGAUGGACAGCAAAGGUUAAUGGUCUGUUUCUAUUUCAAACGUUUGGUCAUAGACAAACUGAUGGAAACAAUCACAGGCAUAUACACUUACAAGAAGCUCUUUUUCAAUCUGUGCAGAAUCGGAAAACUUUAUUAAUCCCAAGGAAAAUUAUGUUCAUAACAUGCUCUGUACACAACAUAUCACAAUAAAAUGAAAAAGAAAUACCAUCAUAAAGUGCAAAAAGCCAUACAAAAGAGCUUAGAAACAAUGUGCAAGAAAAAGCAGAUUCAAGGACAGAGUGAACAGAAAAACGUGCCAACUUCACUGUCGUCUUUUCAGGGAUGAAUUGUACAGUUUUAUUGCCACAGGAAGAAAGGAGCUCCUCUGGUGCUCAGUCUUUGAGAUGGGUCGUCUCAGUCUAUUGGACCACGUGCUUCUGCACUGGACCAGGAGCGGAUGGAGGGGGUGGGUGAUGUUGUCCAGGAUGCUCCUUCGUUUCAGGAGCAUGCUUCUCUCCAUAACCGUCUCCAAGGAGUCCAGUUGGACGUAAAACUCCACAUAGCUGGUUGGCGCAGGAUUUGAGCACCACUGGCCUGACACCAUCCGGGCCCACUGCCUUGCCUGAGUGGAGGCUCUCAGCUGAUUCCUGUGAGGUGGGUGAAGGUGUGAGCUGGGGGUCCAGUUCUUUCGCAGGACAAUGGGAGAGGAUCCGGGGGGAGGGGAGGCGUCAAUAGAUCCGAGGGCACUGAUGGGGCACAGACCGCAGUAGGGAUCCUUGUUGUUGUUGAUGGUGGGGGGUGGACUGGUGCCUCUGUGUCCAAUCUGUUGAAAAACCCGUUCAACCACCUUGCUGCUCUGAGGUCUGUAGCCAGUGAUGGUUUUCAUGCCACUCCUCCCACAUAUAUUGUUCGUCUGGAGUUUGCAUUCCAUCUUCCUCCUGAAGCUUUCCUUGGCCUCCCUGAUCUUCACUUUCAGCUCACGCUGAAUCAUCCGCAGCUCAUCCAUACUGCCUGCUCUGAAAGGCCUCUUUUUCUAUUGAAGAUAGUUUUAAUGUCCUCUGUCACCCAGGGUUUGUUGUUAGGGUAACAUUUCACAGUCCUUGUUGGGACACUGGAGUCCACACAGAAAUGUAUGUCGUUGGUAAUACACGCCGUCAGUCCGUCGCUGUCGUCUCCACAAGAUUCACAGAGAACGUCCCAGUCAGUGACCUGGCAGCAGCCCUGCAGUGUCACCACUUCUGAACCCAUCUAGUAAGAGCUGGCUGCCUCCUCACCAGGGGCACAUAGCAUGGUGUUCAGUGGACCAGGUCCCAUCUCCCCAGGGAAGGGAGAGGUGAAGAGCUGGCUGCCUCCUUGAUAUUGGCAUACAGCAAGUCCAAAGUCUUCCUCUCCCUGGCUGGACAGUCCACAUACUGACUGAAUGCCGUCAGGGUGUUGUCCAUAUUGACGUGGUUGAAAUCCGCUGAGAUGGUGAUGAGAGCACUAGGAUGAGACGCCUGUAGCGCCGCGACUGCUCCGUGGAUGACGUCACAAGCAGUUGUCGGGUCGGCGGACGGGGGGGAUGUAAACAGUUAUUACAAUGGUGUGUGAAAACAUGGUCCCAAAGCAACAUUUGCUCUCUUCAAGCUUGGUCCAGGAGGAGAAGUCUGUUGCUGUAAAUGUGGAGCAGAGUGUUCUUCAUGUCACUUUAUACUGUGACCUCGUCGGAAAGGUGAUAUACAUAAUAAAAUAAAAACAAUUAUUCUUGAACGACCAACAACAGGUUCCCCUUGCUAUUCAAAUAACUGAUGUCUUCUCUCAAGCUUCAGGCCCGGUCUCCAACAUAAACUCUUGGCUACUGAAGAGUGUUCUAUCCCCAUGAUCAGCAAUAUUCCAGUCAAGGAGGAAGUUAUUUAUCUGGGUAUUCACAUUAUUAAGGCUCAAACAAUGAGAACUUUGAGCUUCUUUUUCAAAAGGCAAUGAAGUGAAUGGCUUGUUUCAGAGCUCUCUCACUGAGGUCUACUGACCAAGGCAGAGGGCGUCUCUCCACUGGUUCAUGCUGCAUUCACCCUUCAUCUUGACAAUGCGCUUCUGAAAGAAACUGAUAAAAUCAUUUUCAAUUUCAUUUGGAAAAUCCGGCGACAUUAUAUAUAUUUGAAGACGUCAGUAACGCUGGCCUUAAUGUUUCAGACUUCACUACUUUAAUCCACACAUGUAAAAUGAAUUGUCUGAAGUGAUGUAAUCAUAAUCCAAACUCUAAUCUGGAAUAUCAUUCCUCUCUGGUUGUUUUCAAGUGUUGGAGGUUUAAAUUUCUUCAUGGUUUGCCAUGACCACAUUGAUAUAAUCCCCAUAAAAUGAUCUGCUUUUCAUGGCCAGGCCUUCUUGUCAUGGUCUCUCAUCUCCAAGCACAAUUUUCUCCACAUAGUUAAGUUAUCUGGAAUAACAAGGAUAUUUGAGUAAAACAAAAGAGUGUCUUCCUGCCACUUUGGUCAUUUGGUGCUAUAUCUCCCAGGAUGUGCACGUUACUUAAACAUCAACAAGAAUUGCUGCAGGGAAGAUAGUACCCCCAUUGAAUACAUUUGCUGGUAGGACUUGUUUAAAAAACUAUUCAAAGAUCAACAAAUCAGAUGGUGGUUUAUUUCAGAGAGACAUCUGAAGCUCGCCACACAGUGUCUGUUAUUGGAGACAGUUUGAGGACGAACAAUGGAAGAAGGUCUGACUGUUGCCCCAUUGAGAAACAACACAGUGAGACAAGUCUCUUUUAAACGUCUUCAGAAAAUAUAUCCAAGCAAAGACUUUGGUAAAGAUUGUUUUCAAAAACAUGUUGAUACCACCUGUCAUUUUUGUGAAUCUUCAUCUGAGUCACCAGGACAUCUCAUCUGGCUUUGCUCUGCUGUCAAGAGUUUCUGGCAGCAGCUUUGUGAUUUCAUCGACGACAAAAUAAUGAUUGAUUUUCAAAUGUUUUGGAAACAUCUUGUGUUUGUCUGGCAUCACAAUUUACUGCCAGAAUAUCUGAUUGUGAACCAUAUAAUAAUUCUAGCCAAAUUCCAUAUUCAUGAAUCUAAAUACAGCAGGAAAAUAAACCCUCCUCAAUUGGAUUUUUAUUGAGACUCAACAAUUCUUCAAUUCCAUAAAACAUUCAACUAAACAGAAGACAUGUAAGAUCAUUGACACUUGCUUUCAACUUUUUUUUUAUUUAUAAAAAUAUAUAUUUCUACACAUUUUUUUUCAUAAACACACACCAUAACCCCUUGUGUUUUGUCAUACUCUGUUUUAUUUUUUUUUAUGUAUUU